AUUUCGCUCCUUUGCAUGCUGUUUUGGUACUUAUCCGUUUUGGUUAUUGCCGUUUUGGUUACUUGCCGCUUUGACCUGCUACCCAUCCGUUGGUACGACCAUACGACGGUUACCAAAAUGUUUCAACAAAAAGAAGUUGUUAUAAUCGGCGGUGGAAUAAGCGGUUUGUGUGCAACAAAUCUACUACAUGAACAUGGACUUGAUGUGGUAUUACUGGAAGCAUCUGAGCGUGUAGGCGGUCGAACCUACACACUAAAAAUACAAGAUAGGGUGUUGAGAGUGGCCAAGCAGUUGGAUAUUGAUCAUUAUAAGAUCAUUGAAGAUGCUAAAUUGGUUUGGGUACAGAAGGGAAUAUUCUAUCCAUAUAUGCCAUCCACGGCAUAUUAUCCGAAAUUCUGGAAUCCAUUUGUUUGGUUAGAUAUGAAUAACAUUGGCAGGCAGUGGGAUGCCAUCGGAUCAACGAUUCCAUCAGAUGCGCCAUGGGAUUGUCCUAAUGCUGAAGAACUAGAUAAAAUGACAAUGCAGCAAUGGAUCCAUAGGAACACCUGGACAAAGACUGGUCAUGAUUUCUGUUGUAAUAUGGUUAGUCAGAUACUGACUUCUGAGCCUCAUGAACUGUCUGUUCUCUUCUUCAUGUGGUACAUCAAAGUGUGUGAAGGAUUCAUGCGCACAUUUGCAGCUGAAAAUGGAGGACAGGAAAGAAAAUUUGUUGGAGGCUCGCAAGAAAUAAGUCUUCGUCUCCUAGAAAAACUAGGAAAAGAACGAGUGAUCUUGGAAAGUCCUGUGAUAAAUAUAGAACAGAAUGACGAUGGCGCAUUUAUUAAGACCCUCAAUGGAGACAUUUAUAAGGCAAAAUAUGUUGUGAUGGCGAUGCCUCCUGGUAUGGUUCAGAAGAUACAUUUUAAACCACCAUUACCACCCCUCAGAAAUCAGCUCAUAGCCCGUGCACCAGUGGGAUCUGUCCUCAAAUGCAUUGUGUACUAUAAAACACAGUUUUGGAGAGAAAAAGGUUUUUGCGGGUCUAGCUGGGGUAUUGAUCCAGAUAUCCCCAUUAAAUGGUCCCUUGAUGAUACAAAACCUGACGGAACUGCUCCAGCAUUAAUUACGUUCAUAACUGCAAAUAAAGCUAGAGAGUUCUGCGAACUAUCAAAAGACGAAAGACAGGCUAAAAUCUGCCAAUAUUUUGCUAGCGCAUUUGACUCUGAAGAAGCCUUGCAUCCUGUUAACUACGUCGAAAAGAAUUGGAUGGAAGAACCUUAUAUAGGUGGAUGUUACACAACUGUAUUUUCUCCUGGAACCUUAUUCAGAUAUGGACGGGAGUUGCGUAAACCAGUUGGCUGUGUUCAUUUUGGCGGGACAGAAACUGCUAGAAAGUGGGCAGGCUACAUGGAUGGGGCUGUCGAGUCUGGUGAGAGAGCUGCUAGAGAGAUUCUAUUUGAAGAAGGAAAGAUUAGAGAAGAUGAGAUUUGGCAUGAUGAGCCUGAAUCAAAGGAGGUUCCUACUCUUCCAUUUCAAACAACAUUUUUGGAAAGAAAUGCACCGACUGCUCGUGGUUUCUACAAGUUCUUGAAAAAUCUUGCAGUUUUAGGGACCUUGGCAGGAGUGUUUGUCAUUUACAAAAAAAGAUUAUUGUAGAAAAUAACACAUACUAUUAUUGUACAUCCUAAUGUAGCUGGUUUGUGCAAAUUUACGAAAACAUUUUGAAACUCGCUGCUCAAAGUAUAUUUCAACGGACUUACGGUAUAGGUAUUUAAUAAGUAAAGAAAGACUGCAGAUAUUUCAGCAGUUUUUAAUUUAAAUUUAUAAUGAGGUGAUAAUUUGGAAUUUGCAAUGGAGAACAAGUUCUAGAACUAGACCUGUUCUCCUUGAUUUUGUUUUCUUCCAUUCCCUGCCAGCUUGCCUUUUUCUAAACUUUCUAUUAGGAUAUGAGACGCCCGAGUCAUGGGAUGGCCGAAACCCAAUGCUGGACAAAGUACAUUUUGAUAGAUCGCUGUUCAGUGACGAAGACGUGUUUAGAGAUCUUCUUUCCUUGUUUUUUCAAUAAUUACAUCUGUUCCUUUGUUUUUAGCGCAUUAUUAAUACCCUUGUAUUUUAAUCGGUAUAAACACAUAACCUUUACCUUAAAACACAACAUUUUCCUUGUGAAUUUGCAAAACUCGACGAGAGUUUCCUCUGCAAAUUGCUAAUUAUGUAGUACAGUUAAAUUUGCAAGUAGACUUUGCCUAACUCAAAUAAUUUCUAAGUCAAUCUUAUUUUACAUUCCAAAUUAUUGUGUUUUCCAUUAAUUAAUGAUCUGUCAAAUUAACAAAAGUCAAAUUUUAUCUAAGUUGAACAAUUUUUCAAUGCCAUUUUGGCAUUGAAAAGUGUAUUUCAAUUGUUUGUCUUGUAGGUCUAUGAACCGCCACCGUCGAUGUUGGACUUUUCCGAUCUUACUCUUCCCAUUUUGUUCAUUGUUUUCUUCAUUUUGUUUUGUUGUGUGUCUUAAAAUCGUAAUAAGUAAAUUUACACUAAUUAAGGAACAAUAGGUACUAUAAUAAAUUGGUGAAAAAUUG